AUGAAGGUGAAGCCUAUUGAACUUGACGGCCGAACCGGCGAAGGUGGUGGCCAACUAGUCCGUGUCGCAGUCGGCUUAGCAGCCCUUACUUCCCAACCCGUCAAGAUUACACAUGUCCGAGGCAACCGAGAAGGCGGGCGAGGCGGUGGCCUCAAAGUCCAGCACGUUACCUCGAUUCAAUGGCUGGCAGACGUCACUGGUGCAGAGGUGGAGGGCCUGAGUGUCGGAUCCCAGACGCUCACCUUCAUCCCCAACAAAGGGCCAGCAGAUCUUGCCGGUCGUUCUUUUGAGAUUAGGGCAGAAACAGAAGCGGCCAGUGCACUUCUCAUUUUGCAGGCGAUAUUCCCGUUUGUCUUGUUCGCUGGCAAUGCAAAGGGCGAGCCACUCACUAUUACCAUUCACGGUGGCACCAACGUACAGUGGUCGCUGAGCUACGAGUACUUUGACCAAGUCCUGAUGCCAGCGCUCGAGGAGCGAUUCUCUAUUCGAAUAGACAGGGUGCUCAAUAAGCGCAGCUGGAGCAACGGCACAACGUCACCUGGCUCGGUAACGCUCACGAUAUACCCAGUGCCAAAAGGCGAAAAGCUACGCUACUCUGCACCGAAGCGAUACGUGUACCCUGCGUCUUACCAUGUCAAGACCAUCAAUAUCAGCAUCAUCGCGCCCGGACACGCUCAUGAGCAGCUGCAAACCCAUAUUUUCCGAAACCUGGGCGAGCUGUAUCCAGACGCCGACCUUGAGCUAAAGGUGGUGCAAGAUUCUGGCUCUGAUCAAAAAUGGAAUGUGCUUCUGGUGGCGGAAUCUCGUGAUGGGAUCCGCUGGGCAAAGGACAUUCUGCAAGGCAUGCCCAAAAAGAUGAAAUCAUCAGACACCUUUGUAAGUCAGCUAGCAAGCUCAGUGUGUCGGGACCUGCACGAGGAAAUCUCGUUGGGCGGACAGGUGGAUGAGCAUCUGCAAGAUCAGUUGGUGGCUAUCCAGGCGCUCUGUGAAGGGUAUUCGUCCUUUCCUCGAGGUGAGCAUCCCGGGGAUGCAGAGCCAGAAGCGAACCUGCCGGGCGCCAUGAACAGUCUUUCUCUGUCGGACGACCGAGUGCGCAAGGACAAGACGCACGAUCCGUUUGGUCAUGGUUCGAUGCAUACACAGACGGCGCGCUGGGUGGCAAGCCAGCUAUUGCCAGCAGCCGAAUUUUACAACAAAGGCGACAUUGUAAAGGGAGCCGGGUUCUCGUUGUAG